AUGGCCUCUCCCGAAGCUACUGUGCAUGACGAAGAACGCACUCCCCCGCCACCCACGUUCGCCGGCCGUCUUAAACUCGAAGACUUUAAGUUCGACGGCAAUGGCUCAACAUCAACAUCGCCUUCACCAGGCGGAAUCCGGAGAAGUACUCGUCUGUCAUCAACCAAAUCAACGAGCAUAACCACAAAUGCAACCUCCACCACCUCAUCAUCUCCCCGCAAGACAACCCAAACCAGUCACACCCAAACCACCACCAGUACCAUCACUACAACCACCCAAACCCUCGGCACCCCAUCUUCAUCAUCAAAACGCAAACUCACCACUUCAACCUCCUCAAACAUAUCCACCUCUCUCACUCCAACCCGCCACUCCUCCAAACGUCUCAAAGCUCUCCCGGCCCCCAAAAAAACUUACGACAACAUCCCCCAAUCCCUCCCCGACUGCCUCGCCCCAAACCUCACUCUCCUCUUCAUCGGCCUCAACCCGGGCCUCUCAACCGCCAUCCAACAACACGCCUACGCGCACCCGACCAAUCUCUUCUGGCGCCUGCUCCAUUCGUCCGGCAUCACGCCCGUGUUAUGCAGUCCCUCCGAAGACCGGACGUUGCCGGAACGGUUUGCGCUGGGAUUAACGAAUAUCGUUGGAAGACCUACGCGUAACGGGGGGGAGUUGACCAAAAAAGAGAUGGAUGAUGGGGUUGAAAUACUGGAAAAGAAGGUGAGGGAGUGCAGGCCUGAGGCGGUGGCGGUGGUGGGGAAGGGGAUUUGGGAGAGCAUUUAUCGUGUGAGGCACGGGGGGAAGGGGUUGAAGGGGAAGGGGAAUGGUGGGCUGCCGAAGGAUUGGAAGUAUGGAUGGCAGGAUGAGAGUGAGAAUAUGGGUGUUGUUGAAGCAGGGGAGGAUAAGGAGGAUGGAGAAAAUGACGAAAAAGGGUGGAAGGGAGCAAGGGUGUUUGUGGCUACUAGCACUAGUGGUUUAGCGGCGACGGUGGGGAGGGCGGAGAAGGAGAGGAUUUGGAGGGAGUUAGGGGAGUGGGUGGAGAGGAGGAGGGAAGAAAGAAAGGCGGAGAAGGAGAAGGGGAAGGAGGGGGUCAAGGGGAUGGGCGAGAGGAGGGUAGAGGAAGAGAAGGAAGAAAACGAAAACGAUAAAUAA